GCUCGUCGUUGUCGGCGAUGUGGGCGGUGUGUCCCUGCUUCGGGAUUCUGAUGCGGAUGGGUUCAGACAUGAGAGACUCGGACGCAAUUGGCUGUUCCUUUUUCGAUCCCGACGCGGUCAAAAAUCCAACUCUCGUUGACGCGCCCAUCGACGUCCAAAACAAUGCGUCUGCUGUCCAACGUCGCGCCUCUGCGCUGUCGAGUGCGUCUUGCUCGCCUCUACUCGACGGGCACCUCUGGCGUCGUCAACGUCAUGGGCAAAGACUACACCCGCGACCACCUCACCAACAUCACCCCGACCAUCAUCUCCAAGCUCUCCCGCAAGCUGUACAACCAGCCCGGCCACCCACUGAGCACCCUCCGCGCGCUCAUCGAGUCCCACUUCGCCGACUACGCCCACCUCUCCUCCGUCUCGCCCAUCGUCUCCCCCGCGCAGAACUUCGACGGCCUCUCCUUCCCGGCGGACCACCCCGGCCGCUCCCCGACCGACUCAUACUACAUCAACAAACACACCAUGCUGCGCACGCACACCUCCGCACACGAAGUCGAGGUCUUCGCGCGCGGCACCGCGCGCUACCUCCUCACCGCCGACGUCUACCGGCGCGACGAGAUCGACGCGUCGCACUACCCCGUCUUCCACCAGAUGGAGGGCGCGCGCGUCGUGUCCGCCGACUCCACGGGCAUGGCCGAGCUCACGGCGGACAACGCGCGUCUCCGCGCGGAGCUCGCGCGCAGUCCUAUCGUCAUCGAUGAUAUCCCGCACUUUGACGCGCGCACGAAUCCGCACCAGCCCGAGCACGAUCCGGCGCAUGCGGUCGCGCUCGCGGAGAACCUCAAGCUCUCGCUGAACGGGCUGCUGCUCAAGCUGUUUGGGGGGCGCGCGAAUCUGGGCGGGGACGCGGAGGGAGGGGAGCCGCUGAGGGUGCGCUGGGUCGAGACGACGUUCCCGUGGACGGCGCCGUCGUUCGAGGCCGAGGUGCUCUUCCGCGGCGAGUGGCUCGAGAUCCUCGGGUGCGGCGUCGUCCGCCAAAAGACGCUCGAGAACGCCAACGUGCCCGACAAGCUCGCGUGGGCAUUCGGGCUCGGGCUGGAGCGCAUCGCGAUGAUCCUGUACUCGAUCCCGGACAUCCGCCUGUUCUGGUCGGACGACCCGCGCUUCGCGGCGCAGUUCGCGCAGGGCGAGAUCAGCGCGUUCCGCCCGUACUCGCGCUACCCCGCGUGCUACAAGGACGUGUCGUUCUGGCGGCCCGACGUCGCGGGCGGCACGCGCGCGAUGCACGAGAACGACUUUUGCGAUCUCGUGCGCGACGUCGCGGGUGACCUUGUCGAGGAUGUGACGCUGACGGACGAGUUCGAGCACCCCACGACGAAGCGCCAGUCGGUGUGCUACCGCAUCAACUACCGGUCCAUGGACAGGUCCCUGUCGAACGACGAGACGAACGCGCUUCACGCCAAGGUCGUAUCGGAGCUGAAGAACCAGUUCGGCGCCGAGAUUCGGUGACGGGUGCCGCUCGACGCGCGUCCCGGCCACCGCUUAAUUUUAUUACUUGCACAUUAGAGUGACAAUUUACUUACCUUGCACGCAAUUCGAACACACUCGC